AUGGGCCAUGCGAAAGCAAAAGCUGGAGCGAACGGAACCGUUGAAAACGGAGCUCCGCGAGGCCGAAAGCGUUCGGGUCCGCGGUUGUGGGUGUUGCCUCUGUGGCUGACGACCGUGGUGGUGCUGACUUUGCUCACCUUCAGGCGAUUCCUCCCAGAUCUCCGAGGCAAGGAAGGAGUACGAAAGCCGCGCUCGGACAUCAGGCCGAAAGAAAGUGUUGAGCUCCUUUACAAGCUGGGACAUUGGCAUCGUCGUCGACACGAGGAUGUGGAAGCGCUGGUUUCUUUUCACUGGGCCAAAGAGGUGCUCCAACACCAGAUUGGAUCACUCCAUUCUUUGGCCGCUGUGGAAAUCCUUGCCGACAUAGCGGAGACCAUGGACUCGCAAAACAGUCUCUGGGCCAUGGGCGAGAAGUUGGCCGUGUACGAGGAGUGCCUCUCCAUCAUCGAGUCGUUUGACUCUGGAGAGGUCGACCGGCUACUUAGCCGGGUCUCGGAGUUCACCGAACCUCUGAAGAACAUGGGAUUGGGUGCCAUCUCCAUGAACGAUGCAGAGUUGGAGCUCAAGAUCUGGGAGGUUUGCUUGCGGUUUUGCCUGGCUACCGCGUGCACAGAUAGCGUCCGUCACGGAGAGCUUCUCAUUAGAGUUGGUGUCGCUCUUUCUAAGCAAGCCGAGCAGGACUCAGAGCUAAUCAUGCAGUACUACGAGAAGGCAGAGCAGAUUCUCGUUCAACUGCACCGGCAGAACUCGCACUGGUAUGCGAUUCUUGUGCACAAUAUGGGAGUGGUCUUUGGGCAGCAAGGGGACAGAAAUCGUGAGCUGGCGAGCUAUGAGAAGGCGGUGGCCACUUACCGUGGUCUGAAGAUGACCCACACAGAGACCUUCACGAGCAUAUUGUACGAGCUGGCUUCCAGCAGAACAGACUUCGGGGACAAAGAGGGUGGCCGUGAAGCCUUCCUGGAGGCUGAACGCGUCUUUGUUCAAAACCCGAAGCUGCAAUCCAGAAUGCGCUCGCAUUAUGUCGGUCAAUAUGGCAUCAGUCGUCGUGCAACCGGUGAUCUGGCCGGAGCCAUUCACGCCUUCGAAAUAGCUCUGCAGGUUCAUGAGAAAGCUCAGACGUUGCGUACAGAGAGCGGGCGCUCCGCGAAGCGAAACCUCAAGGAAGCAGAGGAUGUCGUGGCCUCUCUGCCCAAAGAAGACAGAAGGCAAAUUACGAGGCGCAUCGAGGUGCUUCGAUGGCCGAGUGAACCAGAAACAGCUGAGGAGCUUGAGGCGGGGGUCUACCUGCAGCGCGCUGGAAGCUGCAAUGUGCCUCGAUGCAGCUCGCAAGCUGCCCUUGGCGACGGCAUGACCUCCCUGACGGGGCCAAGGCUGCUGGCCCUGCUCUCCUUUUGGCUUCUCGUGGUCCAGCCGGCCGGUCGCCUCAUCCGCCUCGGUGGAACCUUGCCGCUGAACAGUGCCGUCGAGCGAGCAUCCUUGCAGGGCUUGCAGCUGCUGGCCGCCAGACUGAACCAGUCUACUCCCUGGAAUGGCCCCACCAACCUGCCCCUGAAGCUCCACGUACAGGUCGAGGACGAUCAUGGUGACCCUGACAAGGCUGCCGAGAUCUACGCCCGAAUGCUGCGGAACAAGGAGGUCGACUUCCUCUUCGGACUGCACUCCUCGGAGUUGUUCAAGGUUGCAGUUGAUGCCGGUAAUUCUGCGAAUGUGCUGACGCUGAUCAGCGGCGGUCCGCACCUCUUGGGCCCAGCCAUCAGGCCUCAGCUGUACAGCCCCUGGACUUUUUCGCCGGAUGUUCAGGUUCAGGACCAGAUGGCAGGAGUUCUCGAGCUUGUGCAACAUCAAGUGCCUCCUGUGAGUUCUGUGGCCAUGGUAUGGGAUGGAGGGAGUGCCUUCGACAAAGAGAUGUGCACAGGGGCAAGCUCCCAUGCACAGCGCUUGGGCAUGGACGUUCUGGACAACAUGAGCGUCGCAGAGCAGGCCAUCAUGCCACAAAUGCGACAGCUCAAGGCUGCAGGUCCCGACCUGCUGAUAGCCUGUGGCAACUUGCGCAGCGCCGAACAAAUUCUCGUUUCUGCCAGCACUUUGGGCUUCAUUCCGCGUGGGAUCGCUCUCACCGCCGUGUCGACGAGGGAAGCGGUGCGCUCCAUCGGGGCACAUCUCGCGAAUUACGUCUUGAGUCCGCUGACCUGGGAGCCUGUGCCUUCCCAAACCUGCCCUGUCUUUGGUUCUGCACGGGAUUUCGCGGAUGCCUAUCGAUCCAAGUUCGGGGAGGAGCCACUGCCGGCCAGCGCCGCAGCGGCAGCAGGGGGCAUCGCUCUCUUGGCUGCCGUCAAGACUGCGAGCAGCCUGGAGCAAGCUGCCGUGCGCGAGGCACUGCUUGCGCGAGAGCAGCAGACCUGCUAUGGACGACUGGCCUUCAGUAUGGAUGGUCUCAGGCGGAAUCCCAUAACACUGGUGCAACAAGUUCAGCCACUGGAUGAGGACCAACCCAAAAUGGAUCGCUGGACCAGUUCGCAAAUUGUUACGGUCGGUCAGGAGCAGCCACUGGCUGGAUGGCCUUUGCCAACUUGGGCACAGAAGGAAAUCGAUGUGUACCCGUGCAACCCCGGACAAGCCGUGGUCCUGGACAUCGGUGGCAACGCAACGACGUGCGCGGAGUGCCCGGCCGGACGCUUCCGCACACCCCGAUCAGUGGAAUGCGAAGACUGUCAACCGGGAACGUACGGCAUGUUGCCGGGUAUGAGCCAGUGCGAUGUCUGCCCAUCUGGAGCUGCAUGUCCGGGCAACUCCGAGGUGGUCGCCAAACCUGGCUACUAUCAGCUUCCGGCAGCGUCCUUGGAGGGCGCCUUCGUGCCGUGCUACCCGUCGCAGCUGUGCAUCGGUGAGAACCAGUGCGUGGAGGCUCACCACGGUAUCUUGUGCCAGAGCUGCGAGUUCGGAUUCUCGAAGCCCCUCUGGGGCCUAAAGCGCGACAAGUGCUCCAAGUGCCCAAGUCAACGAGUCACCAUUGGAAGCAUCGUGCUGACGAUCAGUGUCUACGUGUUGUACAUCUGGUUGAUUGUGAAGGGAACGAAGUCCGCAUCACAGUCGAUGCGAGCUCUGCCUUCGGUGAUCCUGAAGAUUGGAGUCAACUACAUGCAGUUCGCCGGCACCGCGUUCGAGGCCACGAACUUCAAAGGAAUGGUGUCGGCGGUCUGUGGGGAAGGCUCCGCCAGCUGGAUCUUCCCAGUGGUGGCUCUGCCCGAACGGCUGCAGUAUCCGCUGACCACUUUGAUGAGCUUGGAUUGCAUAUUGCCAGAGGAGAGCGAUGUGCGACCGUAUCAGGUCGAAAUCUUGGUGGGCUUAUUCUUGAUGCCGGCAGCCUUCUUCAUCAUGACGAUCUUCGCGUUUGUGCGGAAGGACUGCAUUGGCCAAAGGCUCAUGCCAUGGCUCCGGCGGCAGCGAGCACGCUACAAAGCAAGGAGGCAAAUGCGUGAAGCGGAGCUCGGCGUCAUCCAGGAAGCUGCGCAGGAGGAGGAGGGUGGCGAGCCAAGCUGUCGAAUCUCUGUCCCGGUCUCUCCGUCCUCGGGUGCAUCGCCAACGCGUCGGGAUGCUCGCACGCCCACGUCUCCCACCUCACCGGCAUCCCUUAGAGGCGAGGACUAUCCGCUCACGCCGAUGUCUGCCUAUGGGGCUUCUCCAGCCUCUCCUUGGCGGCACUGCCGAACGGAGGACUCCGUGGGGGAUCGACCCCGGGAUGCUGCAACCAAGAUCUUGGUCAACUCUGUGGCCAUGCGCUUCAUCAACUCGGUGAUCGUCAUGAGCUUCAUUCUCCAUCCCGUGGUGGUGAGGAUCCUGGUGGUCGGCUUCGAAUGCGAGGAGCUCGACGUCCUUCGCCACAGGCAUGACCUCGGAGUAGAGUGCAAAUCCACCACCCACAUGCAGUGGCUUUGCUUAAGCACCGUGGGCCUUGUUGUCUACGGAAUCGGCGUGCCGGUUGCACUCUUCAUAGCACUCUUCAGAGUUCGGAAGCGCCUCUUCCAUGCGGAAGUUCGAAAGAGAUUCGGCUUCCUGUACAAUGGCUUUGAGCUCAGAUAUUACUAUUUCGAAUCAGUGUACAUGUUCAGGAAGGUGAUGAUCCUUCUCUUUUUCACUGCUCCGACAAUGUACGUGCGAAUGGUUCUCAUGCUCUUCACCUCCUUUGGCUUCAUCUUGCUGCACGUGUAUUCCGGCCCCUUUGACAACCGUAGCUACCUCUGCCUUGAUCGGCUCGAGGCCUUGAACCUGCUGGCGCUGACCGUGACGGUGUCGGCACGCCUCAUCUUCGACAUCCGGCAGGAACUCUCAGGCGAGUUCUUCGAGGACUUCGUGAACCAUUGGACCAUGGACAUCGUCCUGGUGGCAGGGCCUCUGCUGGCCCAUGCAGCCUUCAUCUGGUUUGCGCUCUGGUCUCUCUUCAGGAACACAGUUCUCAAACAUCUGCUCCUCAAGGCCGAGAUCUGGCCCGAGAAGAUGUCCCGCUUGCAGAAGUGCCUGCUCGGUCUCGAAAUCCACAAGCAGAAGGCGGCAUUUGAUGAAGACGAGCGUGGCUUGUGGAUCGACACUAGCUCCCUUAGCAAGCAGGAGCGGCAUUACAUGUUCGUGGCGAUGUGUGACACGCUACAUCGGUACAUGAACAGCAGCAAACGGGUUCACCCUGGUGAUGUCACGGCAGCUAUUCAAGAAGCCCUUAUUCGGUGCCGCCGGGCACGCCGAAAGCGGGCUGUUCGCCUGGAGCAGCUGGACAGGGAGUUUCGGGAACAACGCCAGCAUGGUCGUCGUGGAUGUUUGUCUCGGCUAAUUCGGUGGCAACGGGUUAUGAGCAUUUCCUUAUACGGUGACCGACAGACAGAGUUGCAAGAGCAAGAACCCGGCUGCAUUGAGACUUUGCUGAAGUGGGCAGUGGCAGACACUGGACGCCGUGUUCGUGGUCUCCCACAGAAGGCCUUGCACAUGGAAAUGGAGCAGACUCAUGAGUUUCUGGCGGAGGAAUUCUACGAUGCGCUCCUUCCGGUGUGGCAGGAGAUCACCGAAGGGCGUGGCCCACAGGUGCCUCCGCAGUACGAGGAGGACCGCGGCUUGGUGAGGUCUAUGUCACAGCUGGUGCCUCAAAGACGGGCUUCCUGUGUCGAGGCCUCAGAAGGCAGCGCCAAUCAAGACGCCGAGAAGGAGGACCCGAUCCGGUCUGUCAGCGGCAGCUUGCAUGGGAGCAGCAUGCGCUUGGAAGCACUUCUGGGGAGAACUCAGCCACUGCAGACAGACCGCUCUGAAUCCGGAGGGUUGGAAAGAUUUCUCUGCCGCGCUCGUUCAGGUUGCAGGGUCGAGCUUCCGGAUCUCCUCAGAGCCCACGACGAGCUGAUGGCAGAAAACUUGCAUCUUCGAAGGGAGAACGAGGCGCUUCGUGCACGGCCUACAUCUCCGCAGCAAGUAUCCCCAGGGACUCGUUCGGGAUACGCAAGCCCUACCAAGUCACAUCGGACAGAGGUGUCGCCAUCCGCUCGCAUGCCAAGCCGAUUUGCUUCAGAGGCGAACUCCGAAGAGCCUGACGGCGCACAGGUGCCAGUCCACGCUUCUGUUGACGACGAAGAGGAAGCAGAAAUUCCCGAGGAAGGCUCUGAGAUCAGGCGCUCCUCUUGGAGAGACCAGGCUCCGGCGAGCCCGAGUCUUCUGAAUGCAGCCGCGGCUGCUUUCGUCGCAGCAACGAGCUUGGGCCGCAGCCCGAAGGCACAAACCAGGCCGGAGGAUUCUCGGGGCAAAGAACCAUGGGUCUGUGCGAUGCCCUUGGCAUCCGAAGCGCCACCUGUGCGGAAGGAGGAAUUCAAGGAUGUGCGGCCACCCUCACCGCAGCGCCUGGCGGUGCCCAGCGCGAAGGCAUCAGCACAGGUGCCCAGCAAGGCGCUUCUUCGCCUGCCUGUGCCAUCCGCUGCAGAGCGUGCGCGGUCGAUGUGUGCCGAGGUCAGAAGCAGAAGUCCCAACUCGGCCACGUCUGGGUCACCCUGGCGCAAAGCCAUGCGUCCGACGAAGAACGCUGCAUGGCUCAAGCAGGCGGAGAAGGACUUAUCCAACAGAUCGUCCGUGUCUGGCCGAAUGGUACCUUUCGAAUUUAUGGGUGCUGCCCGGCCUACGAAUCCAGCGGCCUGGCCUCAGGUCGAGUGA